AUGGCUCCGGCACUGGGGCUGGGGGCGCUCCUGGGGGUCUUGGGGCUCCUGAGGACCCCGGCGGGGGCGACGGAGGUUGUGCACUCCCUGCGUUACCUGCGCGUGGUGGUGUCAGAGCCGGGCCCGGGGCUGCCCCGGUACGUGGCCGUGGCGUCCGUGGACGGGACCCCCUUCGUGCGCUACGACAGCGAGCGGGGCCGGCUGGAGCCGCAGACUCUGUGGAUGGCGGCCGGAGCCGAGCCGGGAUAUUGGGACACCGAGACCCGGAUCAAUGGGAGGUACCGGCAAAAGGACCCCGACCACCUGAAGAUGCUGCAGGGCCGGUACAACCAGAGCGGGGGUCUCCACACGCUGCAGCGGGAUUGCGGCUGUGAGCUCCUGUCCGACGGGAGCGUCCGUGGAUCCUAUCGGGAAGGCUAUGACGGGCGGGAUUUCCUUUCCUUCGAGUUGGGAUCCGGGAGCUUCGUGGCAGCCGACGGCGCUGCCCAGAUCAUCAAGAGGCACUGGGACUCUGAUGGGAUCACAGUGGACAGGUUGACAAAUUUCCUGGAGCACACCUGCCUGGAAGUGCUCCAGAAACAUGUCCAGUAUGGGCAGGAGGUGCUGGAGAAAAAAGAGCCUCCUGAUGUCCAUGUGUCUGGAAAAGUGGAACACGGGAUCCUGACAUUGUCCUGCCGCGCGUACGGAUUCUACCCCGGGGUCAUCGAGAUCAACUGGCUGAAGGGGGAUGAAAUCUGGGAUCAGGAGACAGAGUGGGGCGGGAUCGUUCCCAACAGUGACGGCACCUUCCACAGCUGGGCCAGGAUCGAGGCGCUGCCGGGGGAGCGGGAGCAGUACCGGUGCCGGGUGGAGCACGCCGGAAUGCCGGAGCCUGGGAUCUUUGCCUGGGAGCCGGAAUCCGGCUGGAAUCUCAUCCUAUUGGUGGUCAUGGUGUCCGUCAUUGCUGCUAUCACCAUCAUCAUCAUCAUCGGCCUCAUCCACAUGAGAUUUGGCAUCCGGAAGCUCCAAUCCGGGAAGAGGGAGAGGAAGAGAUACGUUGUGGCCAAUGGAACAGACAUGGGAACUGACUGCUCUCUCACAGGAAUGGAGCAGGAUCCAUGUGGUAUUCCAGAGGGAAAUUGGGGCAGGAUAGAUGGAGCAGGAUUGAGACAGGAUUCCAGAUCAGGGCAGGAUUCCAGAGUGGGAUCAAGUGGAAUUCUGGGGUGGGAUCAGGGCUGAAUUCUGAAGCAGGAUCAGCUGGGAUGGAUGGAGUGGGAUUGGGGUGGGAUUUCAGAGCAGAAUUGGGGUGGGAUGGAUGGAGUGGAGUCAGAUGGGAUGGGUGGAGCAGGAUGGGGUAGGAUUCUGGUGCAGUUCCUCCUCUCCAUGGGCUCCACAGCUGGAUCCAUCCUGUGGGAUGGGCACAGGGACAUGGUGACUCUGUCCCCCACUCUUGUCCCGGCAGACAACAGGAACAGCUGUUCCUGUUGUCACUCUGGUUCUCCAGGGGUGUUUCUCUUUCAUCCCCCCCAAGGGAUCCCUCAGGAAAAGAACCUGUUGCAGUGGCUCCACGUGUCGUGACAUGGGCUCCGACAGAGCCGCGUGCGGGAAGUGCCGGGAGUGGACUUUUAUUGAAGAAAAAGAGAAAUUUAAUUUAAUGGAAAUCUAUAUACAUAUGUAAAGAAACGUUUGUAAAUAUUUUCCCCUUCCCCCAACACUAAAUAGUUGUGUUUUGUCUGAAAACUCUCCACAUGAGGUGAGAAAGAUAUCAAGUCCAUGCCAUCACUAAACCCUCUCACAGGAGCAAAUUGUGGGAGGGGGGCUUGAACUUAGAAAUUGGAUUCUUGGGAGUUUCAAACCACCACAGGGGGGGACACAGAGGCUGGGGAGUCUGGCAGGACACUCUUCCUGGAUAGAGCCUAAAAUCUGGUCAGAGAAUGCAAACAACCCAAGCUGGCUGUGCUGAGCUCCCACUGGUGCCAAGGGGCUGCUUUUAGUGUUGGGUUGUGCUAAAACCAGCCUGGUUUGCCCACUGCAAACACAUACCCUGCUUUUGGAAGCAGCAUUUGACUGAUAAGCUGCUGGCUGGCCUGGAGAAAUGGGACUGGCAGUCAAACUCAGUCCAACUUUCAUGUGGCAGAUUCUUCCAGACUUUCCUGGAGUGUGUAGAGCUUGUCCCAUGGAGCAGGGAGGCCUCUUCAUGUUUACUGAGGGGUUGAGUUGAGGAGGAUCACAAAUCUGACUGGGAACGGUUCAAGGCCUGGAGGGACGUGUAUGGGGCCUGAAGACUAUUAAUUCACGGACUGACUUGUUAUUCCCCAGUUUAUUACCAGUUUUAUACCAAGUUCAAUGUGCUCCCAUGUUAAUUCCCCUUGGUUUAUACUGUUCAGGGCUUGCCUGGACUUGCCCUCACGUUUUUCCCGCCAAAAGUUGUUUACUGCCUUGUUCUCCCCUGGUUUUCCCGCUCAUCUCUCACUGAUUGGCUGAUGGAUGCUGCAGUGCAGAGUGAGCUCCCAUUGGUCCUUUCCCCUGGAUACUCCAGAGUUCCACCCAUCUUUCUCCUAUUCCCCAAUCCCAUUCUGCCCUGAGUUGUCAAUCCCAUGCUCCGCCCCAGUUGUGGAACCUCCCCUUACCCAUAUCCUAUAUAACUCUCUGUUUCCCCCAAUAAAGUGGCAUUGCACCCCUGACCUUCAA